AGGGUGGGGAGAAUGGGGGUCGGUCUGUGCAACAGAGCUCCCUCAGAUGCCCCCGUCACACGCACUGUAUAUUUCCUGACUGACUACUGGGGGGUGGAGGGGAAUUACAGAGGUAGUCUCCCUCCCCCACGCCCCCUUUACUGGGUUUGCUCCUGGGCCCUUCUUUGCUCUGGCCCCCGUGCCAGCAGGCAGCACUGAGGGGGAGGAGGGAAAGCUACAUCGGUUGAUAAGGGCGGGCAGUUCAAAUCCAAGCGAGGGAAACCAACAGCAGCCGCAUGCGGGGAACUAGUGCUGGCUAGAGGCGGCGGCUCCUCACCAGGGCAACGCGGUGGGGCUGGGGGCCAGAGAGGCUCGGCGCUGCCUCGGGAAGAAGCAGAGAGCAGCGCCCCGCGGGGACCGCAGGGUCGGUGCCCCUCACUGCUCCCAGUCCCGCUUGCAGCAUGUUGUUAACUUCAGUCCCUAUCGCUCAGCCCCAUUGACCCCCUCGGAGAAGCCCCAUGAUUGUGGGGCAGAAAUUUCCCUUUGCCCACUGAGUUGCCGGAGAAGGAUACGGGGGUGAAGCUCCUGCCUUCCUGGGGCCCAUCAUUCAAGACAGUACUUCGUCAGCCCAGGAUCUCAAAUUGCUUCCCAAAGCUGGAAUCAGAGAAAUUCCAAGUGAAAGAUGUCAGAAAGUCGCUCAGUGCUGUCUAUUCUUAAAAGAGGCAGGUUGACUUCUCCCAGCAACAAUGUGAAAUACUCCAGCUUUAAAGACUCUUGUUCCACCUCCAUAUUUCAUGAUAGUGGAUAUAAUGUAUCAUUAAAAGACCCUAGCUUUGAUCAUACUGAUGCAGAACAUAAAGAUGAACUGAGUGCAAGACAUCUAUCAUUACUGCAUGAGUAUUCUGAACAUUCACACCCUAAUUUAGUAAUUCCAGUGUUGUCUCCCAUCGAAAAUGGAAAGAAUUCUAUCUCCUUAUCUGAAAGAAAAGAGGCAAAUGUAGCUACAGAUUUUUUUGAAACUCCUAAAGUAAGUAAAAAAGACUCAUCACUGCGUAGGAGACUGCUUCUGUCUAAAACUGCUUUGGGAGGCACUGUAGGAUGCUUUGAAAGACAAGCCAAUUCUUCGGAUUGCAGUAGGAGAAAAACAUUAUCUCAUGUUCUCAGUUUUGAAGAAAGACUUUCAAAAAGUUCUUCAUAUUCUCCAAGAGAUAACACAUAUAAACCUUUAGCUACUAGCACUUUAAAAACUGAGGAGUUUAGUCCUGCUUGCCAAAAAUUGAGGCUUGCCUUUUCACAGCAAAGGACUUCUACAGUAGAUGAUUCCAAAUGUAAAAACAAUUUGUUGUCAGAACCUGAAUGUUUAUCUCCAAUUCACCAUAAUAAUUCUAAGGAUACUAUUAUUGACAAGACUCCUAAUGAGUUCAGUGAUAGUGCCCUUACAAGCAUUAAUGAUGAAAGCACCUACCUGGAAUUGCUUAGAACCCCUAUGUGUUGUAUGUUGUCUGAGACAAAUGAGGAUAAAUUUCUGACUCCAGUCAGCAACCUAAUAGCAGAUUUUAACUUUGAUUUACUUGACACAAAUACUCCCCCUACUCAUGUGGUAAGUGACUUGGACCUUUCGGUGCCUGAAGACAGUGGGUUUAAUUCCCUUGGCUUAGAUAAAUCAGAAGAUUCCUCUUCAGAUCAUGAAGGAUCUUUCCAAGAACUCCUUCAAAAACAGAAGGAAGUUUCCAAACUUCUGGAUGCUAAAAGAAAGUUAAGAAAACUAGACCGAGUGAGGAGGUUAUCCACCCUUCGGGAACGGGGUUCACAGUCAGAGACAGAGGAAGACUAUGAUGCUAAGCUAAUUAAUUCAGAAUAUAAAUUAAAAGUAGCAAGAGACCCUGCCAGUGAAGACAGUGGAUUGGUUUUUAAUGAGGAGAAUAGUGGAGAUUUGAUUCUAAAUCUUGGGGAUUUAUCAAGAACACCUGCUUUACAAGUAGUCCAUGAAAUCUUCAUGCGAAGCAAAAGAAAAAUACCAGAGCGAAAUGGACUCUUGGAGAACACUGAAAGAGCUGAAAUGUCUGUAUUAGAAUAUAUUCUUGCUGGACUCAUAGGCAAGAAAAUGGGCCUUGAAAAAUUAGAUAUUUUAACAGAAUUAAAAUACAGAGAUUUAAAGCAUAUUCUUGCUAUAGUUUUAGGUGCUUUGACUGUGGAAAGCCUAUGCAGUAUUUGGAAAGUAAGCAAGAACUGGCGUGAAAUUGUUAUACAAGACAAAAAUGCAUAUCUCAGGAGAAAGCUGUACAUAAAACAGCUGAAGGCGGAAGCUGGGGGAUGUCUCUUGCAUGUUGAAGAUGCUGCCACAAGACUUAAUAUUCUAAGUAGAUCUGCUCUAAGACCUGUUCAAGCUCAAGCUAAAACUGUUGUGUCACAAACACCACCUUCUUGCAAUGAGCUUUUAACACCUACAGGAUGCAGCUCUGUUCCCCAGUCAACUAGUAAACAGGAAGAGUACCUUAAGAUUGCCAAAACCCUUUUUAUUGAUGAAGCUUUAAAACCUUGUCCAAGAUGUCAGUGCCCAGCUAAGUAUCAGCCCUUAAAGAAAAGGGGACUAUGUAGCCGAGAAGCCUGUGCAUUUGACUUUUGUAUUUUGUGUUUGUGCACCUUCCACGGAUCAAAAGAAUGCAGUAGUUCAUCUGCAAAGCAGCGACAUAAAAAAGAUGCUCUUCCAGGAAGUGCCCAAAGCAAGAGAAAUUUAAAACGACUCUAAAUUUAUCAGGAACAUAGGUUUCCCUGCUCUCUCUCAAUUUUUGAUCUUGUCUAUAUUUUUUUAUUAAUUAUGCAUAUUUUGAAAGUAAUAUUGUCAUUUUGCCCAAUAAUUAAGCUGAUGAUUUCUCAUGUACAUAUCUUAAAUUAACUUAGUGUAUUUUGGUAAGUUUUUUUUGAAAAAAGUGAAAAAAAUUUUAAACUUUUAAUGUCUUGUUUUACCCGUCAUGUAGCCAGACACU